AUCCACAAUAUUGCAAGUUCUAAAAAAAAAAAAUCACAAUAUUUCUAAGUAAUAAACUUGUUAGAAAAAAAAAUACACAUGGCUGAAUUCACAGAAAAUUUUCAAAACAUUAUUAGACCUUCUUUGCCUUUUCUUGAUUCUGAUCAAAGCAUGGAACUAUUGAAUCAAUUCAUGGAGAAUUCAAACAUGAACAUGAUGCAUAAUUUGAUGCCUUUUUCUUGUGACAGCAUCUUGGAACAUCAUCAACAAGAACAUGUGUUUCCAAGAAACUUGGAAGAGAAUUUUCAUGGUCUUGUCCAUCAUGUCAAUAAUCAAAAUCACAAUGCAGUUCAACUUUCACUUCCAACAAUUUUUCAAGAAGAAAAUAAAGUUCAUCAUGAAGGUAAAAAGAGAAAAAUGAUGGAUUUUCAAGAGACUAGUUCUGGAAAUUCAACUCCUGCAGUUUCUGAAAGUGGAAGCAAAACCAAACUUAGUGGUGGAAGAGGAAAAAGAGUGAAAAGUUAUGAAACAGAAGAAGAGAAAGCAAAGGAAGUUGUUCAUGUUAGAGCAAGAAGAGGUCAAGCUACUGAUAGUCACAGUCUAGCAGAAAGGGUUAGAAGAGGGAAAAUCAAUGAGAAAUUGAAGUGCUUGCAAAAUAUUGUACCAGGAUGUUAUAAGACCAUGGGAAUGGCAGUAAUGUUGGAUGAAAUCAUAAACUAUGUUCAGUCUUUGCAGCAUCAAGUAGAGUUUCUUUCUUUGAAGCUUACUGCAGCAAGUACUUAUUAUGACUUCAAUUCAGAGGCAGAUGAUCUAGAAACAAUGCAGAGAGCAAGGGCAUCUGAGGCAAAAGAGUUAGCAAGGUAUAAGAGAGAUGGGUAUGGAGGAAUUUCUUGCUUUCAACCAACUUGGCCACUUUGACUUCAAUUUUGGAUGUAUUAACUCAACAGCCAUAUACAAGACAUGAAAAAAUGUUAUAAUUUGCUUCUUUACUUUCUACAAAGUUUAAAAGAUCAAUUUGUUUCCACUCUAUGCUACCUACAAGCACAAGUGGACAUUAAUUCUUGUUUCAAAGUUGUGUAAAAAUCAAAUGAAAGUUAAUAAUAGCUAGCCUACAUGUUAUUAUAUAUUUUUGUAGAACUUG